AUGAUACAAACAAAGGUUUUUUUGCAAGGCCAGCACAAUUACUCCCUUAUAACAGGGCCGACAGGUCCCCUUGUUUACCCCGCUGGUCAUGUCCGUAUUCAUCACUUCCUGUAUGAUAUUACAGACGCAGGAAGAAAUAUACAACUUGCGCAGAUCAUCUACGGCAUCCUGUACAUGGCAACCCUUGUGUUGUCGUGUGCAAUCUACCGUUCUGCGGGCAACAUCCCAAACUGGGUUAUUUUGCUGCUUCCCAUGAGCAAACGGCUGCAUUCCAUCUUUGUCCUACGGUUGUUUAAUGACUGCUGGUCUGUUAUGGCAGUUCAAGCAUCGAUACUUUGCUUCCAAAAUGGAUUUUUCGACACAGGGAUUCUGCUCUUCAGGUUUGUCACAUCAUAA